CUCGUCUUUCUCGUCCUCAUUUCUCAUCUGGUUCUUGGAACUCAUUGAGUUUCUCGGCUGUUUGGUGCUUCGAUUUUUGUGUUGGAUCUCUUUUUGUAGCUGUUUUUGGUAUUCGGGUUCGCAUCUGCAAGCUUGUGUGUUCGCCGACUGAACGAAGUUCGUUAUUCUAUUUAGACAAUUUUCUGUGGUUUUUCUGUAGUUCGUAAUUCUUGUUUUUGAUCAUCUUUUGGUGGAACGGUUGGAUUUUAGUUUUAUCUUGUCUUCUUUCUUCGGCAAAUGUGUUGUGCAUUUGCUUUCUGGCUUGAAUUUUUUGUUUGGUUUCUUUGAUGAUUUUAUCGCGAAAUAGAUGGGGAUUUGGGAUCUUAUACCUUCUGGUUUAGUUCGACUUGUUGUGAGUGGUUCUCGAUUGUGUUCUUGUUCCCUCUGCAACUACAAUUGUGGAGGUAUAUGGUCCCAAAUUUUCUAUAAUUUUUCUUUCUUGCGAUAAUGAAGUCAAAAUUAUCCUUGCAAUUUUUUGGGUCGUACUAGGCUGUUUGGUUCUCUGCGAUUAAUGGCUCUGGGGAUGUUCGUUCCCUAGUUUUGUCUGAGGUUUCUCUUGCAGCUAGGUGUUGCUAAAGUUGAUGAAUUGAGCGAUGUUUCGAUUUGAUGAUGUAUCUUGGUCUGAAGUUUUUGUAUUUCUUGAGUACAUUUUGAUUGUGUGUUGAAAUGCUUUUCGGUUAGGGUUUUGUUUAUAGAAACUAAGAGCUAGAUGUCUGUUAAAAUUCCUUGCCUCCUGCAGUAUUGAAGACUUUGACGUCCGUUCUUGAAGUUGUUGAACUGAGUAAUGCUCAUGAAUGGAUGUUACAUCCUUGAUCAUAAUUUUGAGGUCUUGACUUCGUCUUCCAUUUUUUAAGUGUUAUGUUUAAGAUGCUUAUCUUCUUAGUUAGGGAGAUAGUAUCUAUUUUGCAGCCUUUUUGAGUCUCCCCCUUGACCCUCCACCCCAAAAACGUAAGACACGUUUCUUAAAGCUCAUUGCUACGUAGUAUAAUAUUCAUGGAAGCUGUUCCUAUGAUGUUGAAUUUCAAUCGAAAUGGUUUGUUGCAUGGUUUGAUGGGUGGGAAGUCAGGUCAGAGAAGUUUUAGAUUCAGUGGUGACAUUUUGGCAUUCACCCCUCUAUUGGUGCUUUAAAUUACAUGUUGAACACGCGAAUGGUGGUUUUUGUUUGAUAAUUGUACAGAAUCAUAGGGUCUACUACUUGAGUACGCGAGAUGAUGUCCAAAACGAAGCAAGCUGUGGUUUAUUUAUUUGGAUGUUCUUUACCAAAUAUUCAGGAUUCUCUGGCUUUCUCCCAACUUGGUCGCUGGUGAUACCUUGUAAAAACCCUAGCCACAAUCUUUGCCGGGCUUGUGAUAUAAUCUACGAUCUUUUUAUUUAUUUGUUUAUUUUUAUUUUAAAAAUCUAAUUAUGAGGAGCAGUAGGGAGCUGGGAUGGUAGCCACACCGUCCCAUCGACGUACUUCACCCUUUUGCAGUGGACUUGGACGAGUUAUUAUAACUAAGUACAAAUGAAGUUUAGAUAGAUGCUUCUGAGUGGUGUUUGAUGUUGGAUUCUUGUCUGCAACCUUUCGAAAACUUGACGUUGGAGUAUGAGUAGCAUCUUUGGAGUUCUGGACGUGUUUGUGCUUCUUCUACGUGUUCCCGAUGAAGUCCUGAUUAUCCUCAGACUCUCAGAGACCAUAAGAGUUAUAGGUGGCUCUCUGCUAGCGAGAUUGCCAGAGCUGUAGGUGCAGUUAUGGGCGUUAUAUUUGGUUGGCUGGAUAGCCUUGGGCACAUAAUCUAUUCCUCCAAUUGUAAGAUCAGCUACGCAGAUUGAGUUGUUCACCUUAGAAGCUUAAAGUUCAGUUCCCCCUCAUUUUAUCAAUUCUCCAUCUCUCUUCAAUGAAUAGAGCUUCCUCUUGCACCUUGCCCUCCGGAACAAUUUUCAUUAUUCAGACAGUUGCUGGCCAUGGCCGCCUUCAAGAAGAGUAAAAAAAAAGGGGGAAAAAAAAAAACAAACCUUUUUGCUAAUCUGGGAAAAUAGUUGUCUUCUUCUUGGUUGUUUGGUUCUCAGUAUUAUGGGAACGGAGGAACCGGAUGAUUGCAAAAUACCAUAUGAUGAAGGAAAAUCUAUUGGCUUUCACAGAGAAAAUAAUAGAUGGGUAAGUUGGGUUCUUGACGGAAACUGAACGCGGAUUUUCAAUUUGAGGUUGAUGCAUCUGGUUGACCCAGUUUAGUGGGAAUUGCAUCCGGAGUCUUCAACAAAUCAAGUGAUCAUGAUCUGCAAUUGGUCACUAUUCAAAGCUGGAGGCUCUGGGGUUCCCCAGUGCUGCGUUGUAGUUAUUAUAUGGGUCUCCUAUAACUCUUCUUUUUUGGAUGAACUGAACUCUCCUCUUGGAGUUAUGAUGAUUGGAGCUGUACAACGUUCCAUGGAUUAUUUGUUGCUGAUGUGCUGUGGUCUGCAGCUGUAUAGAAGAGAGCAACAAUGUCAUGGCCUUUUUGACGGUGAUUAACAUGCCUUUUCUGGCUUUAGGAUGAUUGCUGAAUUUAUUCCUAUAUGCAGGUGCUUUAAGCUUCUACCCAGAUUCAACCAUUGUCUUGCAUUGGAGGAUAUUAUAUUUCCAUGGCAGAGGUUGCAACUUACUCCGAGCCUCAACAGAUUGGGACAGAAGGAAAUCAACAAAUGACAUGCAGAGGAAAGGAGACAAGAACUGAGCAGUUUGAUUCUCAGGCUUUGCCCUUUGAAAAGUCAAAUGACCCCCAAGAGUUGAUGGAGAUGGGGUACAUGCAAUAUGGAUGUGCACAUUAUAGGCGAAGGUGCCGCAUCAGAGCUCCCUGUUGUAAUGAAAUUUUUGAUUGCCGUCAUUGCCAUAAUGAAAUAAAGAAUAGUAUUUCUGUUGAUCAGAAAGAAAGACAUGAGAUCCCACGCCAUGAAGUCAACCAGGUUAUAUGCUCACUUUGUGGAACUGAACAGGAGGUUCGCCAAGAAUGUAUCAAUUGCGGUGUGUGCUUUGGGAAAUAUUUCUGUGAUGCUUGCAAGCUGUUUGAUGAUGAUAUAUCUAAGAAGCAGUAUCACUGUAAUGGCUGUGGAAUUUGUAGAAUUGGGGGGCGCCAUAACUUUUUUCACUGCUACAAGUGUGGUUGCUGCUAUUCAAUUAUUUUAAAAAAUAGCCAUCCCUGCGUUGAAGGAGCAAUGCACCAUGACUGUCCUGUUUGCUUUGAGUUUCUAUUUGAUUCGACCAAUGACGUUACGGUAAUGCCAUGUGGACACACCAUCCAUCAUAAUUGCUUGAAGGAGAUGAGAGACCACUUUCAAUUUGCUUGCCCUCUCUGCUCCAAGUCCGUUUGUGAUAUGUCCAAGGUGUGGGAAAAAUUUGACAGGGAAAUUGCAGCCACGCCCAUUCCAGAGCCGUACCAGAACAAAAUGGUUUGGAUUCUUUGCAACGAUUGCGGUAAGACGUCGAAUGUGCAGUAUCAUAUUGUGGCCCAAAAGUGCUUGAAUUGCAAGUCCUACAACACCAGACAGACCUGAGGCUAGAGAUGUGGAUAUGAAGGCCACAUCGUAUCGUCCUGCAGCCCUGAAAUGCUUCCAUCUCCAGCUAUCUAAGCUCCCGUUUCCAUGCUGCGACUCCUGAAGAACCUUCAAGCCACACGUCAUUCUCGAGCGAUGGAGAAGAUGACGACGUAUUCUGCAGCUUCCUUUGCUUUUGCUUCAGGAAAUCAACAACAUCGCACCUUUUUUUUUUUUCUUUUUCCCUUUAGUUGGUUGAGAUGUUGUGUUCUACCUCUUUCUUUCUACAUCAUUCUAUUUAUUGGUGUCUGUAUUGUUGUAUUUGCCCCCUCGCGCUAGUAUGAAAAUAUUGCAUUGCAUUUGAUUUGGCUUUCC